AUGAAUAUAAUGCUAGUUCGUUUAGAGUCUAUAUCUUAAGAUAGAUCUAUUUCUCAAGAGUUAGAAUAAUUAAAAAAAUUGAUUGGAGAUGAUCACAGUGAAGGAGCUUUAAAUGCAAUAGGACAUCUUGUAAAAGCUGCAACGAUAAGCGGAAUUGGAAGUUUUAAAUAGAUUAUUACAUACACUUCUUUAUAAACUUAUAAAAUUGUAAAUAAUGCUCUUGCUAAAGAGGGUGUAAAAGGAUUUAUGAGUAUCGGAGGCAAAGCUUUUCUUUAAGAAGGAGCAAAAGCUGUCAUUACUUAGUCUGGAUAAGCACUCGCUUAAGGGGCUGUUACUGAGGUUACUAAAAAUACGGUAACAAUUGGCUAAUAAGUUGUCAAAACUGGAUUUUAAUUAGGUUCAUUUUUAAAAGGUCUUGGAAUAGGUAUAGCUAUAAAUGUAGCAGUAGGUGGUUUAAAAUCAUAUAUUAAUACAAAAUGGUUAGAUGAAUUUGUAUUUAUUUGCGAAUGUGAUAAGGAAUUUAAUUUUGAGUUGAUUGAAAAUUUUGAAAAAUUUAAUUAAAAAUGUAUGAAUGAUAUGAAAAAUUUAGAAAACCUUUAAAACGAAAUAAAUAAUUCUUGCUAAAUUGAUGAAUCUAAGAGAUAUUUAACUAAUAAUAAUAUAAAAACCCCUCAAGAUUAAGAAUAUAAACAACAAUAAUAAUAAUAAAAUGAAUCUUAGAGAUAUUUAAGUAAUCGUCAUAUAAAAACCCCUCAAGAUUAAGAAUAUAAACAACAAUAAUAAUAAUAAUAAUAAAAUGAAUCUUAGAGAUAUUUAAGUAAUCGUCAUAUAAAAACCCCUCAAGAUUAAGAAUAUAAACAACAAUAAUAAUAAUAAUAAAAUGAAUCUUAGAGAUAUUUAAGUAAUUUUCAUAUAAAAACCCCUCAAAAUUGA